GUGGCUUCGGUAAUUCCCAUCUAAGCUAUUUAACACCUCUUUCUUCUCCCUAAAUUUCAUUGCCAAUCCCCCUUAGUAAUCAAAACCACAAUUAUGAAGAAGUUAGCCUUGCCAGAAUCCGUCAAUUUCCCUGGAAAAUCACCCCAAUCCACCUCUGAAUGCUGGUUCGACGACGCUUGUAUUCUCGAUAUGGACUACUUUGUCAAAAACAUAUCUGGUAUCAAGGCCAAAGGGGUCGGUCCCGACCUCAUUGGCUCAAUCAUAGCACAUUAUGCAUCCAAAUGGCUGCCGGAGCUCUCCGGCGAUGGGACAGACGACAUCCAAAAGGGUCUCACCGGAGUUGAGGAAUCGGCAGAGAGCGUAACGGCUUCAUGGAUGAAAAAACGGUUUUUUGUAGAGACGCUUGUGGGAAUUCUGCCUCCGGAGAGAGACUCCAUUCCUUGCAAUUUCCUCCUGCGACUCCUCCGGACGGCCAACAUGGUGGGGGUGGAACCGUCGUACAGGGCGGAGCUGGAGAAGCGGAUUUCGUGGCAGCUCGACCAGGCGUCGCUGAAAGAGAUAAUGAUUCCGUCUUUCAGUCACACCUGUGGGACUCUGCUGGACGUGGAACUGGUCAUAAGGCUGGUGAAGAGGUUCACAGGCCUCGACGACAGCUCCAGAAGCGGCGCUGCCAUGGUUAAGGUGGCAAAACUGGUUGAUUGCUACUUAGCCGAAGCAGCUCUUGACGCCAAUUUGAGCCUGGAGGAGUUCGUCGCCCUCGGUGCUGCUCUCCCCAGCCACGCCCGCGCCAUGGACGAUGGCCUAUACCGUGCCAUUGAUACUUAUCUCAAAGCACAUCCGGGUGUCUCAAAGCAUGAAAGAAAAAGUUUAUGCAGAUUAAUCGACAGUCGGAAGCUGUCACCGGAGGCCUCCCUCCACGCCGCUCAAAACGAGCGUUUACCCGUCCGAGCCGUGAUUCAAGUCCUCUUCUCCGAACAGAACAAGCUCAACCGCCAAAUUGAUUGGAGCGGCUCGUUUAGCGGGGCCCGGAGUCCGAAACCCGAUCCGCCGACCCGGUGCUUGUCGAAGCGCGAGAUGAACGCCCAGCAGUCGGAGAUUCGGAAGCUUCGAGAUGACGUGCUGAGGCUUCAGAGCCAGCUGAUGGCGAUGCAGAUGCAGAUGGAGAAAGUGUUGGAUAAGAAAAGAGGGUUUUUCCGGUGGAAGAAGUUGGGGAUCAUGCCGUCGUUUAAGAGUAGCAUUAGUGUGUUUGAGAGGAUUGAGGAAGAAGACGGCGAAGGGGAGGCAGCGUUUGGGAGACAGACGCCGAUGGAGAUGAAAGCGAGGCUGGUGCGGGGGAAGGCACCGCCAAAGUGGAGGAAAUCCAUGUCUUAAAAAGCUUCCCGGAACCAGGAAGAGACUGCCCAGGCUUUGGUGGAUUAGGAGAUUUUAAUUUGGUGCUCAAUAAAUCAAUUAGAUGGUGCUUUUAUUAUGUUCUGUAUUUAUUUAUUAAUCUGUUUGUUUAUGUUGAUAAUAAAUUGAUGGCAUAUGUGUUAAGACACAAAAUAAAAACUAAUUAUGUGAAUGAUUUAGUCCCUCUCUUGAAGUCUUGGUAAUAUUAAGACAUUUUGUACGAUCGAAUGAACUGAUUGGAUGUUC